AUGGCGCUAGUAACACGUCUUCUGAUGAACAAGCACUCGAACAUUAAUGGAAAAGAGAAGAUCUAUACUCCAGACAACACUUACGAACGUCAAAGUCAACUUGCAAGCAUCUCCAGUUCCUGGAGGCGACUCUUUGCUCCCAGGAAAGACACAAAAGGCCAAUGGGUUCCUUCCUUGUCAGGCAUCCUCAAGGCUGGAGACGAGGGCUCAUUCUCCUCGGCUCUGUUCAUAAAUCUCCAAGAAUCACCUGGCAAUGUUCCGGUGGACGUGUUGUAUGACGCGUUUGCCAACGAACUAAGGUCUCGCCCAUUGGCAGAACGAACAUCGUAUACUGGAGACGUUAUCAAGUUCAUCUCGGAGAGCAAGAGGAAUGGUUCGAUUGGUGUGAGUAGGGCAAAGUCGGUAUCGCACAGGGCCUCUGUCGGAGGACCAAAGGACAUGACGUUGAAGACUAGGAAGAGCAUGGAUCUGUCCGCAGUCGAGAUGGGGUUGACUAGGGGCAUGUCGAUCAGAAGGCAGAACUCUUUCGUUGUUUCCAUGAGCAAUGGGAUGAAAGAGGAGGGUGAAGAGAAGAUGAAACCUUCUUGGAUGAAAGAUGGACAGAAUGCGACAUAUCACGAUGGCCAGAGAGAUGAGCAUACGGACUAUCGAUUCAUUCAGUGA